GGUCUGGGCUGUUCUGGGGUGUGUGCGUGCGCGGAAUGAUGCCUAUUUGUUUCCACCCCCCUUUAAAAUACGCCCCUUCAGGAGAUGGGUGGUUCCCUCCAGUCUCUUUUUGCAAAGCCUCUCUCUCUCUCUCUUUUUUUUUUGCCUGACGGUCGACGGAGCCUUUGGCGCAAGACUUUCAGGCUUUCCAGUUUCUUUUGUACAUUUCACAAGGGGAGGAAAUGACUUUAGAAGAACUCACUCCAAGUUGGCCACCAGUACAGGGUCUUCAUAUCACAGGGACUUGCAGAGGGGAAAAACGGUGACUAUUCUCUAAGAGGGUGUUUUUUUUUUUGGACUCUGCUUUGGCUUAGAAGGAGAGAAACAUGACAACUUCAUCCAUUAGGCGGCAAAUGAAAAACAUUGUGAACAAUUAUUCUGAGGCUGAAAUAAAAGUCCGGGAAGCGACUUCCAACGACCCCUGGGGCCCGUCUAGCUCCUUGAUGACAGAAAUAGCUGACCUGACAUACAAUGUGGUUGCAUUCUCCGAAAUAAUGAGCAUGAUUUGGAAGCGGCUGAACGAUCAUGGCAAAAACUGGAGGCAUGUUUACAAGGCUUUGACUCUGUUGGAUUACCUGAUUAAGACUGGGUCAGAGAGGGUGGCCCAGCAGUGCAAAGAGAACAUCUUUGCCAUCCAGACUCUGAAGGAUUUUCAGUACAUUGACAGAGAUGGAAAGGACCAGGGUAUCAAUGUGCGGGAGAAGUCUAAGCAGUUGGUGUCCCUCCUGAAAGAUGAUGAACGGCUCAAGACGGAGAGGGCCCAAGCCCUGAAGACCAAAGAGCGGAUGGCACAGGUGGCCACUGGGCUUGGUAAUAACCAGAUCUCCUUUGGCAGGGGCUCCAGUCAACCUAACCUGUCCACCAGCUACUCAGAGCAAGAGUAUGGCAAGUCUGGAGGCUCUCCAGCUUCUUAUCACGGGUCCACAUCCCCUCGAGUGUCUUCUGAACUGGAGCAGGCACGGCCGCAGACGAGUGGGGAGGAAGAGCUCCAACUGCAGCUUGCCCUGGCUAUGAGCAGAGAAGUUGCGGAGCAGGAGGAACGUCUUCGGCGUGGUGAUGAUCUGAGAUUGCAGAUGGCUUUGGAAGAAAGUCGCAGAGAUACAGUAAAAAUUCCCAAAAAGAAAGAACAUACAACUCUCUUGGAUCUCAUGGAUGCCCUGCCUUCUUCAGCGCCAGCUCCCCAAAAAGCAGAGCUUUGGGGACCACCAACUGCAACUAACCAAACAGAUCCCUGGGGGGGCCCUGCAGCCAGCAAUAUCACCUCAGACCCAUGGCAAUCGUUCGGUGCCAAACCAGCUGCCCCUGUUGACCCUUGGGGAUCCCCUGCAGCAUUGCCUGCUGCCCAGCCCCUCUCAAAGAACGCAGACCCCUGGGCUUCCUCACAGCCACCUUCUGUGGCAGCCAAAGCCGCUGCUGACCCUUGGGGGUCCACUUCUGCAAACAAGCCUAUUUCCAGUUCUGGAAGCAAAUCCUUUGACCUCUUCAGCAACUUGAAUGGAACAGUUAAAGAUGACUUUUCUGACUUUGACAGCCUUCGGACAUCUAAAAAGCAAGCUGAUUCAGUUUCCAGCUUGUCAGCCCAGAACAGUGGUACAACCAGCCCUGAUCUCUUUGAGUCUCAGCCCUCAAACUUGGCAUCCAGUAAACAGAAUGCAGCACGGAAAACCCCGGAGUCUUUCUUGGGCCCCAAUGCUGCCCUGGUCAAUCUGGAUUCAUUGAUAUCGAAGCCACCACAACCUGCCCCUUCGCUGAACCCGUUCCUGGCUCCAGGGACGGCUGCUGCAUCCACUGCUUCUGCUGCAAUCAACCCUUUCCAAGUGAAUCAGCCUCAGCCCCUAACUCUCAAUCAAAUGCGGUCAAGCCCUGUGAUGGGCACCAGUCCCUCUUUUCACGCCGUGCCAGCUGUAGGUAUGGAGGCUGUACCUCUCCCUUCCGUGGCACCGGUGGCUGUGGGGAUGGCACCCAUCCCACAUAUGGGCACGAUGGUGUCCCUUGCCAGGAUGGGCCAGGGCAUGAGUGUGGGUGUUGUGGGGUCUGUGGUGCCCCCUCUUCACAGUACUGGAAUCCCCCCCUCUGCCUCACAGCCUGCCAACACAACUAACCCUUUCCUCCUAUAAAAGCCUGGAGCGUAGGACUGGACUUGACUGCAAGGCUUGCGGAAGGAAGCAGAGCGCCCAAGGCUUGCUUGGACACAGCAAGUGUGCACAGGAGACUUUGUAGGG